AUGCCGUUCUGGCGGAGCGGAUGGUUACUCUCCCAGAUUCAACCCAGGGCGACGACGAUAUCUCCCUUCUCCAAGGCGGUCAGACAUAAUUCACACAAAGCCCUUUCGAUAACCCUUCGACCAUACCAAGAAACUUGUCUCGAGGCCUGUCUCGAGACACUGAGAUCCGGCGUCUCGCGCAUCGGUGUCUCCUUGCCCACCGGUUCAGGCAAAACUGCCGUCUUCAUCUCCCUGCUUUCUCGAAUCUUGCCUUCAGAUGAACGCCCCGAGGCGACGCGUGCGCUCGUAAUCGUGAACAGCAUCGAGCUUGCGCAGCAGGCUGCGGCACAGGCUGAGAGGUUACAUCCGGACUGGAAGGUGGAAAUUGAGCAGGGCGUGAAACAUAAGGCCUCAGGGCUUGCUGAUGUGACCAUCGCGACCUAUCAGACACUCCUCCAACCUCUUCGACUGGCAAAGUUCAGCCCAAAGUAUCUCAAGGCAGUCGUAGUGGACGAAGCCCAUCAUGCCGCUGCGCCGUCAUAUCGACGCAUUUUGGCGUAUUUCGAUCCAACCAUCCCCAGCCCAGAAGUUCUCUCAACAACCCCUUCCGAGGCCGUUCCCGGGACAAUCCCGAUCAUCGGGUUCUCCGCGACUUUUAGUAGGCAUGAUGGCCUCGCGCUUGGUUCCGUGUUCAAACGUAUUGUCUAUCACCGUGACUUCCUCGAGAUGAUCAAGGAGCAGUGGCUUUGUAAUGUACGUUUUACCACGGUGCGAGCGAAUAUCAAUCUCAAGGCCGUCACCGUCAGCUCUCGAACGGGUGAUUUCAACCCUACGAGUCUGGCGCAAGUCAUCAACACGGACACCGUGAACAGGCUCGUGGUUCAGUCGUGGCUGGACAGAGCAGCGCCGGAGCGUAAAUCAACCCUCGUGUUUUGCGUCAAUUUGGCUCAUGUUGGCCAGUUGACGCAGGCCUUUCGCUCGGCCGGGAUCGAUGCGCGAUACGUCCAUUCUGGUACACCCAUGGCAGAGCGAGGGGCUUUGAUAGAAGGGUUCAAAGCUGGAGUUUACCCAGUACUUCUCAACUGUGCGAUACUCACCGAAGGUACGGACAUCCCAAAUAUCGACUGCGUGAUCGUCGCUCGACCUACACGCUCGCGAAAUAUCGGCCGUGGCAUGCGUCUUUCACCUGCUACCGAAAAAGUCGAUUGUCAUAUUAUCGACUUUGUGGAUAUCACAACCCGCAUCCCUGGUGUCGUUUGCACGCCAACCCUAUUUGGUCUGGAUCCCUCUGAGGUUGUUGACAACAUGACCACAGACGAUUUGGAGAAGCGCGCGGAUGCGCAAAUAGCAUUAGAUGGGACGCAGCUCUCUAUGGACACUGCGGACGACAUUCCAGAUCCUACGACCGUCACCUAUAUCGACUUCGAGAACCCUUUUUCUUUGGUCAACGAAGCGUCGGGGGUCCCACCACACGUCGCCCAAUUGAGCAGAAAUUCGUGGGUCGGCUGUGGCGACGACAUAUACGUCCUCGAAUGCCUUGGCAAGGGACACGUCCGAAUUGAACCAGUUGAUGUCACCGACGAGGACGAUUUUAUCACAAACCCAGACUUAAAGCGCUACUUCCGGGCACACUUUUCUCCGGUGAUGUUCUUCGGCGCGACCAAACAUACCAAGGCGCCCUUUUUCCGCAUGAGCAAGGAGAUUAUGAAGGCUGAGUCUCUCGACAUCGCCAUCCGAGGAUGUGACACGUAUAUCGCAAACCAGAUCUUAAGGGGUCAGGCGGCUCUGGGAGUUCUGCGCUCUGCACGCUGGCGAAUGCAGCCCGCUUCAGAAUAUCAAAAGGCGGUGAUCAGCAAGCGAUGGCGUGUACGUACGUCGGUUCCUGACGAUGCGGAUGACAGAGGGAGAGAGGCUCUGGAUAAGUUGAACCGAAUGACGAAAGGGGAGGCUGCAAAUAUCAUCACGCGCUUGAAGCACGGUGCUCAGUCCCGCUACGCGCAGAAGAUUAAGAAUGCUCAGAAGGCUGAACGAGUAGCGACCAAGGAACGCAUGCGGCUGGCUCGGGAGCACGUCCGAGUUGGGCCGUUACCCCAGCAUCCAACGUCUGCAGACACUGGAUUCACAAUGUGACAGCCUUGUAAUAUGACUUUUCUUCUAUAGCAAACUGUAAUCUAAUGUCUUUAUAAUGCACGACCUGCAUUCUCAUC